GACACCCAAUAGAUGGCGCAAAAUUUCGCAUCUCCUAUUUCUCGCUCACUCUCUCGUCCUUAUUAAUCUCUCCUCAAGGCGCCUCGAGUAAAUUCUCCGGCACCUCGAAGUGUGCGAGAAUUUUGGGUUUUAUUUUCGCAAACCAAUAAUUUUGUCUCAUCAUGCCCCGUAACAUUGAAAUUAAAGCCUGUGUCCGCAAUCUAGCCGAGCUAAAGAAAAUUGCCUCAGAGCUCUCCAAGAGCAGUGGUACUACACUUCAUCAGGAAGACACCUUCUUCAAUUCUCCACAAGGACGGCUCAAGCUCCGCAUUAUUAAGGAUGACAAAGAAGAACUUAUCUACUAUGAGAGACCUGAUCAGGAGGGACCAAAAUGUAGUGAUUAUGUUAAGGUUACUGGGAAACCAGGAGAGCUGAGUUCCGACAUGAGGACCUUGCUGGAGCGCUGCAUGGGAGUAAAGGGAGUCGUCAAGAAGACCAGAAUGCUGUACAUGGUGGAUCAGACGAGGGUGCAUGUUGAUUCCGUUGAGGGCCUUGGGGAUUUCAUGGAGCUUGAGGUUAUGCUUCGCGAUGAUCAGACAUUGGAGGAAGGGGAAAAGAUCGCACAUGACUUGCGAGAGAAACUUGGGGUAGGGUUAGAUGACCUGCUCUCGGAGGCUUACAUGGACAUGAUCCUGAAGAAAUGAUGUGAAGUUCAUAAAUCUAUACUGUGAUACUACAUAUUCUUUUACAGUAUUUUAAUGUUAAGGGAUUUUUUUCUUUACAUUUACUGGAGAUUUUUGUCUGAAAAUUUAUGUGUUUAUGUGUUUUCUGUUCUGCUUAGUGUUUGAAUUCUCCAUUAAUGGUGUAGACUUCAAAUGUGUUGGGAAAAUUUUAUUUUGAUAUACACAUUACAUUUACAGAAUGAUAAUGAAUACAUCAUUUGUUAAAAAAAGAAAAA